AUGCCACUUACUUCUCCCUCUUUCUUUUUUUUCCUUCUGUGUCUUUAUCCCUCCUCCUUUUCUUCUUCUUUUUUUUUUUUUUUUUUCCUUCUGUGUCUUUAUCAAUGCCCCAUCCCCUUACUCCCCUGCUUCUUCUCUCUUUCUAUUUUUUCCUUCUGUGACUUUAUCAAUGUUCCAUCCCCCUUCCUCCCCUGCUUCUUCUCUCUUUCUAAUUUUUCCUUCUGUGUCUUUAUCAAUGCCUUCUCCCACUUACACCCCUGGUCCUCCUUUAUUUCUUUUUUUUUCCUUCUGUGUCUUUAUCAAUGCCCUGUCCCUUCCUUAUUUUCUUUUUUUCCUUCCCCUGCUUCUUCUCUCUCUCUUUCUAAUUUUUCCUUCUUCUUGUCAAUAUCAAUGCUUCUUCUCCCCUAUUUUUUUCCUUCCCCUGCUUCUUCUCUCUUUCUAAUUUUUCCUUCUGUGUCUUUAUCAAUGCCUUCUCCCACUUACACCCCUGGUCCUCCUUUAUUUCUUUUUUUUUCCUUCUGUGUCUUUAUCAAUGCCCCGUCCCAUUUACUCCCCUGCUUCUUCUCUCUUUCUAAUUUUUCCUUCUGUGUCUUUAUCAAUGCCCCAUCCCCCUUACUCCCCUGCUUCUUCUCUCUUUCUAUUUUUUCCUUCUGUGACUUUAUCAAUUUUCUUCUGUGUCCCCUCCCUCCCCCACCUUCUCCUCCUUUAUUUCUUUUUUCCUUCUGUGUCUUUUAUCAAUGCCCCGUCCCCUUACUCCCCUCUCCUUCUCUCUUUCUUUUUUUUUUUCCUUCUGUGUCUUUAUCAAUGCCCCAUCCCCCUUACUCCCCUGCUUCUUCUCUUUCUUUUUUUCCUUCUGUGUCUUUUAUCAAUGUUCCAUCCCCUUCCUCCCUGCUUCUUCUCUCUUUCUAA